GGCGCGGGGCGGUCGCAAUGCUCGCUAUGAUGUACCCCGGAGACGAGGAGCUUGACAUGCGUGUGCCGCCGAUACAACUGGAACAUUUGCCAGAAGUGUUCCUUUCCAGCAUCCCGAAGUGCGGCGGCUGCCACGAGAUGAUCGUGGACCGGUACGUGCUGAAGGUGUCAGAACGUACGUGGCACGCGGGCUGCCUGCGCUGCGCCGAAUGCCGCGCCAUGCUCUCCGGCAAGUGCUUCGCCAGAAACAACCAGCUCUACUGCACCGAUGACUUUUUCAAGCGCUUCGGCACGAAGUGUGCGGGCUGCGGGCAGGGCAUCCCGCCCACGCAGGUGGUGAGGCGCGCGCAGGCACAUGUCUACCACCUGCGAUGCUUCGCCUGCGCCGCCUGCGCCCGCACCCUCAAUACCGGAGAUGAAUUCUACCUGAUGGAGGACGGCAAACUCGUCUGUAAGCCUGAUUACGAAGCUGCUAGGGCUAAAGGAGGCGAGGGUUCGCUGGACGGUGACGCUGCGAGUAAGCGGCCGCGCACCACCAUCACUGCCAAGCAAUUGGAAACGCUGAAGAGCGCGUACAGCAGCAGUCCGAAACCAGCACGACACGUUCGCGAGCAGCUCGCUCAAGACACUGGCCUUGAUAUGCGCGUCGUGCAAGUUUGGUUCCAAAACAGACGAGCGAAGGAAAAGCGAUUGAAAAAGGACGCGGGACGAACGCGGUGGUCACAAUACUUCCGCUCCAUGAAGAGUUCUGGCGGCGGCUCGCCAAGACAUGAUCGCCUGCUUGAUAAGGACGAGCUUAAAAUCGAUCUGGAUUCCUUCAGCCAUCACGAUCUAAGCAACGACAGCUACAGCACUGUCGCGCUGGGUGGCGAGGAGGGCUCGCCGGCUGGCGGCGGCGCUGCAGGCACAGUUGCGCGCUUCGGAGCUGGCGGUACGCCGCCGUACCUUCGCGCGCAUUCGCCGCCCCACGCACAUUACCACUACCCCCCGGAUCAUCUCGUCUACACCAAUAUUGGUCAAGCGAUGAGCGGUGCUGGCAUUGGAGGCGCUGGUGGAACAUCGGAUAUGAGCAGCUCAUCGUCCCCGGCGGCCGGCGGGUACCCAGACUUCCCCCCGUCGCCGGACUCGUGGUUAGGGGAGCCCCACCACUACUCACCGCGUGGCUUCCCCUAGCGCCGGCCACCGCCGGCGCACGCGCUCCCCGCGCAUCCGCCGCCCCCCGCUCUCCCUUCACAGCCCCUCGAGCUAGUGGUUAAACGUGAACUCUAAUAAUCCACAAAAGUGAUUUAAUGGUGACAUGAUAUAUGUAUAAACCAAGUCUCGAGGACUAAAAGGACAGACUUUUUACUUGAAUAGUGAGUGAAGUUUAUUGCAUAAUAAUAAUUAGUGAAAAGUUUCUGAAAUGAAAGCAAACAAACAAAUCUAUAAGCUACUACUUCGGGUCAUCGUAAACUUCGUAAUAUUUAGGAAAGGUACAACACUAUCAUAAUGAAAAUAUCAAAGCAUAGGAAGGAGGGUAUCCAAAUUUGUACAACCAUCUUUCAAGCCAAAUAAAUGAAAGGACGAAAAUAUAUACUAUGCGGCAAUUAUAAACACCAUUUAAAGGAAUGUAAAACGUGAGAUAUUGUGACGAGACUUAGAAUAUUUGGUAAAUGGUCAAUUUUUGUCGAAUUAUGUAAGUAAAUAGUAAGUGACAGUAAUAUACAAACCCAUGAAGUUUACUUGGAAAGGCAUUUUAAAGUCGGCAAUAUUAAAACUCUUUUUACAAUAGAAUGGGAAUGUAUUAUUAGCUCCAUCGAUUUAUCUGCAAAAACUUGUCUAUAAUUAAGUUUUAGAAUUUUUCCUUAUUCUUUCCUAAAGAUCAAUAAUAUGUUAAGACAGACAGUAUCAACCAUACAAAAAGGAUUUGUGUAACCAAAUAUCAAAAACCCAGUUUAGUUUGGUGUUUGUCAAAAAGCUAAUGUAAUCUAAAGAGUGCUAGAAGAAAACAAAAAUUUAUAACAAUUUUAGUAGAAUUAUAGAUUAAGGUAACUUGUA